AUGAGAAUCUUCGCGGCGGACGGAAAUGUACAAGUCAAAUUCUUAGCCCUCCAUUUUUUUCUCCUCCUAUCCUUCAAAGCCAAAGCCAAAUGCAAAACUGGCUGCAACGCCUUGGCCUCAUACUAUGUGUGGGAAGGUUCAAAACUCACUUACAUUAGGCACAUAUUUGGCCAACAAACUCAAGAAAUUCUCAAGUACAACCAUGGAGUCGCGCCCGACAAAGACCUCGUCGUCGGUACGCGACUCAGCGUACCCUUUUCGUGUGACUGCUUAAAUGGUGACUUUCUAGGGCACACCUUCGAGUACACAACGCAGCAUGGUGAUACCUACAAGAAAAUUGCUGAGUCUGCUUAUGCUAAUCUCACCACAGUGGAAUGGCUGCAAAGGAUGAAUUUUUAUGCGGUAACUCAGAUUCCGGAUGAAGUUCCAAUCAAUGUAACAGUGAACUGCUCUUGUGGCAAUAAACAUGUGUCCAAGGAUUAUGGUUUUUUCGAGACGUACCCUCUCCGCUCCGGCGAGGACUUGUCGUCCCUGGCUUCCGAGACCGGUGUCCCGGCACCGUUGCUGAAGAUGUACAACCAAGGGUCCGGCUUUAGUUCUGGGAAUGGCUUAGUCUUUGUGCCGGCAAGAGAUCAAAAUGGGAGUUUCCCACCGUUGAAGUUGAGUGCAGCUGGUAUCACGGGUGGAGCAAUCGCUGGCAUAUGUGUCGCGGGCGCUUCUGCAGCUCUUACUUUGGCACUUCUUUUGUAUAUUUGGCAUUAUAGAAAGAAGGUGGUUGAGGAGGCACCAUCUCUUUCUGCAGCUUCUCUUGAAGACCGGUAUAUUCAACGUGCACAUGUAAUUGGUAGUUUUUGUCCUGCGGUUUUAGUUUCUGGACAUACUUCAGAGAAAACUUUGGAUUCGUUUGCUCUAGUUGGUGCUUCUUCUCCUGGCCUUAUAGGCAUAACCGUGGACAAAUCAGUGGAGUUUUCAUAUGAAGAACUUGCUAAGGCGACUAGCAACUUCAACAUUUCUAAUAAGAUUGGCCAAGGCGGAUUUGGAUCUGUUUACUACGCAGAACUUAGAGGCGAGAAAGCAGCGAUCAAAAGGAUGGAUAUGCAAGCAACAAAAGAGUUCCUGGCUGAACUGAAAGUUUUAACACACGUUCAUCACUUGAACCUGGUGCGGUUGAUUGGAUAUUGUGUCGAGGACUCUUUAUUUCUGGUCUACGAGUACAUUGAGAAUGGUAACUUGAGCCAACAUUUGCGUGGCUCUUCAGGUCUAGAUCCAUUGCCGUGGUCAACAAGGAUGCAAAUAGCCUUGGAUUCAGCUCGAGGACUCGAAUACAUCCAUGAACAUACAGUUCCAGUCUACAUUCACCGUGACAUCAAGUCCGCGAACAUCUUAAUAGACAAAAACUUUCGUGCUAAGGUUGCUGAUUUCGGGCUCACAAAACUGUCUGAAUAUGGAAGUGCUUCAUUGCAGACUCGUCUUGUAGGCACAUUCGGAUACAUGGCUCCAGAGUAUGCUCAAUACGGCGAUCUUUCUCCAAAGAUAGAUGUUUACGCCUUUGGUGUCGUUCUUUUUGAACUAAUAUCUGCUAAAGAAGCUGUUGUCAGGACAAAUGAAUAUGUUGCUGAAUCAAAGGGACUGGUUGAUUUGUUCGAAAAUGUUAGUAAUCGGUCUGAUCCCAGAGAAGAUCUUGGUAAACUUGUCGACCCCAGACUCGGCGAUGAUUGUCCUCUUGACUCAAUCUGUAAGAUGGCACAACUUGCCCAAGCUUGCACACAAGAAAACCCUCAACUGAGGCCGAGCAUGAGAUCGAUUGUGGUUGCGUUGAUGACACUUACAUCGUCGAACGAGGACUGGGAUGUCGGUUCAAUUUAUGACAAUGAAGCUGAUCUAGUCAAUCUAAUGUCAGGGAGGUAGUACAUAGAACAUCACGCUUGAUAGACAUGCCUAGACAAGGUGACUUCAGAAGAACAAAAGUCCUAAUUCUUCUUCUUUCGGAUUGCCAAGCAUCUGCAGUAUCUGUAAAUAAGCAUUCGCACCAGAUGAUUUCAUCUCUUGUUUUGUAUAAUGGGGGUGCAAUAUUCAGACUCCUAGCUGCAGAAUAACAUCGAAAAACGGCAUUGUAUAGUACUUCAUAUAAAUGUCAACAUUUUGCUUCGA